CCAAGGUCUCCGCUGACAACAGUGCAGGAGCAGCGCCGUGCGGAGUCGCGCAGCUGGUUCGGUUCGGCCGGAUCCAUCAUGUCGGACGCAGUUCUACAGCAGGUCGGAUGGGAUGAAGGGUUCGCCAUUCCCGUGGCGAAUGCCGAAAAUAAAGCGCUAGAGAAUGAACUUCAAAAAAAACAAAGGGAAAAGACAAACUUGGAGAACAGGCUCAGUGAAUACAAAGACAGAAUUCAAGCAAUGAUUGAUCAUUUGAAAAAUGUCAAGCAAGAGCUGCUACAUACACAGGCUCUUUGCAGAGCAAGAGAGAAAGAAACUGAAUCGGAGGAGCAUUUCAGAGCUUUGGCGCAGAGAGAGAAGGGUCGCCUGCAGCAGGAGAUUGUGCAGCUGGAGAACAGUCUGGCUGCACUGAGAGAAAAGAGAAACACUCAAGAGAACAACAUUUUUAAAGCGACGGAGAAACUGGAGAGGCUGAAGUGUCAGCUGGACUGGGAUCAGCAGACGCUGGAGGCCUGGCUAGAAGAAUCUGCACAAAAAGACGAGGACUCAAUGGCGAUCCUAAAAUAUGCCCAGCAAGAUGAAGGGAAAAUAAAGGAGUUGACUUUGCGGAUUGAGAAGAUGACAGUUGAAGCAAACCAGAAGCGCAAGAUUCUUGAUAAUGAACUGACUGAAACAAUAACAGCCCAGAUUGAGCUAGACAAGACAGCAGAGGAUUUUCGUCAAGCCCACCUGGAAAGGCAGGAGCUGAUACGUCAGUGGGAAAACACCAUUGAACAAAUGAAGAAGAGAGACCAGGAAAUGGAUCACUGCUCACUGUUACUUGCCCAGGUGAAAAGGGAGAUCAGAGAGAGGGAUGCUGUCAUCAAGGAGAAGAAGAACUUUCUGGAACGUGAGGUGGAAAAUAACAAGGAAUACGAGAAAAAGAUUUCAAGUGCCGAGCGACUGGCUGCUAGACUCAGGCUAGAGUAUCAGGAGCAGGAGAACAACCGCAUGCAGCUACAGGAUGAGCUGGAAAGCUUGAAGGGGACUGUGGACAGGACAGCCACCGAUCUGCAAGCUAUGAGAUCUCAGUUGGCUAAUAUGAAGAAAGAAAUCCAAGACAAAAAUAACAAGCUGAAAGCAUCCAGACAGCAGAAUGUGGCUCUUGAAGAAAAGCUACAGUACGUGACAGAUGCAGCAGUGAGUGUGGAAGAGAGGGCAACACGAAUGGAGCAGAUGCUGAAGGAAGAGGAACAAACCAUUAAGGACAUAGACUGUCAGUUACAUCGCCUUCGGGAACUGCUUUUCAAGAGGACUCAGGAGUUACAAGACUUGAAGACCAAAGAGAAGAAUACAGUGGCUGAGAUUUCUGGGAGUAAGGCUGGUCUCUCAAAUCUCAAGAGUCGUUUGAAUAAACUUGAUAAUGACUCGCUGAAACAACAGGAGAUUAUUUACAACCAGGAUUUUCAGAUUCAGCUGCUGGAGAGAAAGAUGUCUCGGCUUAAGGGAGAGGUGAACACUGAAGAGAAGCAAGCUCUGGAGGCCAGGGUGGCAGAGCUGACCCAUUCACUGGAGGAGAAGAAGAAGAUUGCCAGCCUGUUGACGGCUCAGCUAAAAAAGCUUCAGGAUGAUAUACGCUAUAUAAAAAAAGAGAUGGAAAAGACUGGUGCAGACAAGAGUGAUCUUACUAGUAAAAUUGAGGAACUGAACCUUUUUAAUGAGAAUUCAGAGAAGGAGCUCAAGAAGAUCAGGCAACAAAAGCAGGACACGAUGGUGGAGGACAACAUCCUGAAACUGGAGGUUAAACGCUUGCGGGACUUGCUAUAUAAUAAGGCAGAUAACGUUCUCUCCUUAGAGAAGCGGAGACUUCAGCUGCAGACAGCUAUGAAAGAAAGGGAGGAGGAGAUAAAGGUUCACAGAGAUAUGCUGCAGACUCAGAUCAAGCUUAUUGAUCAAGAGCGCCAGGGAAUCAGUGCAGAACUACAUGAGAGAUUUUCCAAAAUUGAUAAGCUGAAGAAGAGGUACGAGAUUUUAAUGAUUUCCAUGGCAGCUCCUGAGGGAGAAGAGGAGAAAUCUCAAGCAUAUUAUGUGAUUAAGGCUGCACAAGAGAAAGAGGAACUACAACAGCAAGGAGAUGAUUUAGAUGAAAAAAUUCGCAAGGCAGAGAAGGAAAUCAGAGCUUUGGAAAACACCCUUCAUGUCAUCAACAGCCGUAAUACCACCUACAGAAAAUCAUUCAACAAAGUUACUGAGACAAGUGAAGAAUAUCAAGAGAAGGUAAAACUUGAAGAGCAAAGGAAAGCAGUUGAGGAAAAGUACAAGUACAAGCGAAGACAAAUCAGAGAACUGCAGGAAGACAUUCAGGGUAUGAACAGCACUCUCGACAACCUACUCAAAGAAGAAGCCGCUGAGAAUGAAAAAAACGAGAAUAUGCAAUCAAGGAUCUUGACACUGAAUAGGGAACUGGAGUCGCAGAAGGAAAAAUUAGAAAGGGUCACGAAACAGUGCUCAAAGUUGUCCAGAGAGAUUCGUUCUGCCAAGAAAAGCAGAGGAGAGACACAAGAAGAGCGUGACAUAGACCUGCGUGAAUUAAAGGACUUUAACAGGUCUGUCAACAAGAUGCUGCUUGAUGUCAUGGAAGAACACCCGGACUUGGCAUUAGCACUGCAGAUGUACUUCCAGCAGGCCAAUCUGCCCCUGCCCGUGUCUGCUUCUAUGCCUGGUAGUCGGCAGAGCUCUAGGCCUCCUUCUGCUCAGAGCUCUGUGUCCUCCAGAAGGGUAAGUUCUUCCAGAAGUGGUCACAACAGUGCUGCUGCGCAGUCAUCACCUGUGAAGACAGUGGACCUGGGACUGGGGCUCUCUGUGACAUCACCUUCUAUCCAAGCUACAUCUCCAAGGCAGUCUCGCCCAAGCAGUGCUGCUAGCAGCAGCAGCAGCAUUCGCAGCCAGAAGAGUUUAAAGUAGCACUCUUUCAUUUAAAAUAAGAAAUACAAAUCUAGUUCUAGUUAUACUUGGAAAAACAAGUGUAUUUAGUACAAAUGAAAAAAAGAAACAUGUUCAAUGGGUAUUUGAUUUAUAUUUAUUACAGAGAUGUGCAUUUGUCUGAUUAAAAAAAAAAGUUUUUGGAAUUUGUAAUGCAGCACCCAUUUGGAGAUGAACAAUAAAACAGAUUUCCACAUCAA